AUGGCUGACCAAAACCCAGUCGACGCAGCCACCCCCGGUGCUGCUGCCCCCCAGACUCUGCCUGAUCGCACUCAACCCCCCGCCGAUAACGCGAACGAGUCUAAGAAUGCCGCCAAAAAGGCCGCCAAGGCUGCUAAGAUGGCCGCAGACAAGGCUGCUAAGGCCGCGAACAAGGGAAAUGCAAAGCAGGAGCCCAAGAAGGCCCCCAAGAAGAAGGUUGAGGGUGCUGCUUUGAUUGGAAUUGACGUCUCGAAGGAGGAGGAUUUCCCCACAUGGUACUCUCAGGUCCUCACCAAGGGUGAUAUGCUUGACUACUAUGAUGUUUCUGGCUGCUUCAUUCUGAAGCCCGCUUCAUACUUCAUCUGGGAGGAAAUUCAGAACUACUUCAACCUGCGCAUUAAGAAGAUGGGUGUCAAGAACUGCUCUUUCCCUCUCUUUGUAUCUGAGGAUGUGUUGCAGCGUGAGAAGGAUCACAUUGAGGGUUUCGCUGCCGAGGUCGCCUGGGUAACCCAUGCUGGAUCUACCCCUCUCGAGAAGAAGAUCGCCAUUCGUCCCACCUCGGAGACCGUUAUGUACCCCUACUACGCUAAGUGGAUUCGCAGCCACCGUGACCUGCCCCUGCGCCUGAACCAGUGGAACUCCGUCGUGCGAUGGGAGUUCAAGAACCCCCAGCCUUUCUUGCGCACCCGUGAGUUCCUGUGGCAGGAGGGCCACACCGCUCACUUGACCGAGGCCGCUGCCCGUGAGGAGGUGCUCCAGAUUCUCGACUGGUACUCUGACAUCUACUCCGAGCUCCUCGCCGUCCCCGUCGUCAAGGGUCAGAAGACUGAGCGUGAGAAGUUUGCUGGAGGCCUCUACACCACUACUGUGGAAGGAUACAUCCCUGCCACUGGUCGUGGUAUUCAGGGUGGUACUUCCCACGGUCUGGGCCAGAACUUCAGUAAGAUGUUCAACAUCACCGUGGAGGACCCCUCCGCCAAGCCCGACGAGAAGAAGCCUGCCCUCAAUGUCUGGCAGAACUCUUGGGGUCUGUCUACCCGUACUCUGGGUGUCAUGGUCAUGAUUCACAGUGACAACAAGGGUCUUGUUCUGCCCCCUCGCAUUGCGGAGACCCAGGUUGUCAUUGUCCCCGUUGGCAUCACCGCCAAGACCUCCGAUGAGGAGCGCGAGAAGCUCAAUGCUGAGGUUGACGGCCUUGCUGCCGUCCUUGAGGCUGCUGGUGUCCGUGUCGAGAGCGACAAGCGCACCGAGUACUCCCCCGGCUGGAAGUUCAACCAGUACGAGCUCCGCGGUGUUCCUCUGCGCCUUGAGUUUGGCCCUGGCGAGUCUGCCGGUCACUUUGUCACCGCUGCCCGCCGUGACGUUCCUGGAAAGGAUGGCAAGAGCUCUAUCCCCAUUCCUGAGCUGGCUACCGCCGUCCCUGCUCUCCUGGAAACCAUCCACAAGGAUCUUUACACUCGUGCCGAGGCCACCUUCGCUGCCCACCGCAAGCAGAUCACUAACUGGGACGAGUUUGUUCCCGAAUUGAACAAGAAGAACCUUCUCAUCGUCCCCUCGUGUUUGACUGAGGAGUGUGAGGACCAGAUCAAGGACAUGAGUGCCCGCAAGGCUGAGGAGGACUCUGGUGAAGCCGAGGACUCCAAGGCUCCCAGCAUGGGUGCCAAGUCGCUCUGCAUUCCCUUCGAACAGCCCGCUGGAGAGCUUGGUGCCUGUAUCAACCCCAAGUGCCAGAAGCCCGCUGAGAAGUGGUGCAUGUUCGGCCGUUCCUACUAA